UCCGUGGUGAACAAACGUGCUUUUUGCAGUAGCCAAUGCAACGUAACUUGAAUGCUCCGCAAUGGCUAGGAGUGAGCUGCAGCCCUUCAGUGCUCAGUAGACGGAAGAGGUUCACGCCACUAACCUUCUGCUUCCCAUCCGUACUAGAGCACCGUGUUCGAAACUGAUCCGUGGUCUGUUUACUGACAGCAUCCUUGCUAAUUAGAGGAAUCUAAGAGUGGAAGUGGCUAGCCAUGUCUGGGCAAAGGAAAGGAGCUUCGGCGCGUCUGCGAAAAUGUGCCUUCUGUAAAACGAAUCGAGACAAGGAGUGUGGCCAGCUCCUUGUAUCAGACAACCAGAAGGUGGCAGCUCACCACAAAUGCAUGCUUUUCUCAUCUGCCCUAGUAACAUCUCACUCAGACAGCGAAAACAUUGGGGGAUUUUCUAUUGAGGAUGUAAAAAAAGAGAUCAAAAGAGGAAACAAAUUGAUGUGCUCAUCCUGCCACCGGCCCGGGGCAACCAUAGGUUGUGAUGUUAAGACAUGCCGGAGGACAUAUCAUUACUACUGCGCCCUGUGGGACAAAGCCCAGACCAAGGAGAACCCCUCACAAGGCAUCUACCUUGUUUACUGUCGUAAACAUCGUGACGCCUCCCAAGAUGCCAGUGAUGAGGAUCAAGGAGUUGCAGCCAACGAUUCAGAUUCAUCCCCACCCCGUAGCAGAGGGCGUGGCAGAUUUGAGAAGAGCCGAAUUAGAGGUGUACCUCGUGGGCAGUCCGAAGACGCACGUUCAAAUUCUUCACAAGGCAUAGAUGAAACGGAGAGCUCUUCAAAUCGGGACCGGUCCCCUUUGAGGGGUAGCCCCAGUGAGUCAGGCCUUCGCUGUGGUUUCUGCCAUGCUGGUGAUGAGGAAAAUCAGACCCGCGGUGUUCUGCAUUGUGAUGGCGCAAAAAAGGUUGCCGCCCACUAUAAAUGCAUGCUUUUCUCUUCAGGGACUGUCCAACUCACUACCACAUCACGUGCAGAAUUUGGUAACUUUGACAUUAAAACAGUCAUUCAGGAAAUAAAGAGAGGGAAAAGAAUGAAAUGCACCCUGUGUUGUCAGCUCGGCGCAACCAUUGGAUGCGAGAUAAAAGCGUGUGUGAAAACCUAUCACUACCACUGCGGCCUGCAAGACAAGGCCAAAUACAUAGAGAACAUGGCCAGAGGCAUUUACAAACUGUACUGUAAGAAUCACAGUGGAAAUGAGGAGCGGGAUGAAGAGGAUGAGGAGAGAGAGAGUCGCAGUAGAGAGAGGGCUGCCAAUAACAGUGGGGGAAGCCCUCCUCCACCUCAAGUGAAUGGGAAUUAGAUGCUGGUUGGAGGUGUUGGAGAAAGAACAAAAUAUUUUUUUAUUGUGCUCAGUAAGAAACUUAGGGGCCAGCUCACAAAAUUGACUGUUUCAGUUUUUCUCUAAUUGCCAGAAACCCCAUAACCAUUGAUGACGCACCAUACAUUUCUCUGCCAUUUUUCCUCAGUAUUUCAAGAAUAUCAUGAAUGAGACUCACGAGUGCAGAUAAUAACCCAACCCAAGAGAGUGAGAGGUUUUUAAGGCACAGAAUAAUCCAAAGUUCCACUUGUAAAGAGGUUGUGUUUAAAGAAAAUAAUGGAAAAUCUGAAUUAACAUUAUACAUAGUUAUACGUAGUUUGAAUCUGUGCCUGAAAAACACUUUAAAUGUGAGCCAAUGAAAACUGAAGGUUUCAUGAUUGGACCAAUGGAAAGCUCUCUUUCACAGAGCUCUCUUUUUUUUUUUUUUCUCUUUUCUUUUUUUUUUUUCUUCUUUUCCCCCAGUUUCUUUCUUAACAAACUGCUCUUUGGACUUGACCUGCUGGACCUGUUCUUUUGAGACUGCCUUCUGGUUGUUUUUACUCUCUUCCAAAUCCUGAGCCUAUCCCUCUAAUUUCCUGUAAUUGAACUGACAUUAUCUUUACCUCUUAUUGCUCUUGUAUCAUGUAUUAUAUUUUACUACUGUAUUAUAAUCAUGAUUAUUGUUGAAUAUCUGUGACUUUCUUUAUAGUCUUGAGUCAGGAUUAAAGAUCAUUGGCUAGCAUGCACUUUUCUUUACACUGACUUGUGUAGUAGUCCUUCCUUCAUGCCUUUUGGAAAAUGGCAUCACUUCACUGAAGGAACACCUAACUGAAGUAUUAAGUAUUAAUAUCCUCUAAGUUGAUACAUUCUUGGACUCAAGUUUACAUGACUUGAGUCCAAGAAUGUAUCAACUUAGAGGAUAUUUUUGGACACAUUACCAGUAAAGAACAGGUAUUGCUGAUAUUGUUAUAAUAAUAUUAAUCAGACUGUUACGGAGUUUUAAAAAUUGUAGUUAUUGCAGUACACCAAAUGGUACAGCAUAAUAUGAAAUAAUCUAUGCUAUGUUUUGGUUGGUUUAGUCAAUCAUUUAAGGUGCUGUGAAUUUAUAGAUGGAUAUAAAUCAAAUUAAUGGGUUGACUGCCUUCAUGAUGGUUAUGCUUGAAGAUCACUUUGAAUAUGUCAUUAAUGAGAUCGUCUGUUUCAAAUGGACAGUUUAUUGAAAAAUUAACGUUUUCCUCUUGAAUAUUUAAUGUUUAUUAUUAUAACAUGCAUAAAAAAGAUUUUUAAAAAACAGCCAGCAGGAGUUGAUGCUCAUAAAUGAAGAUCACUGGACUAACAGACAUGGCAUAUAGCCAGUGUGACUGCUUUUUAGUGCUUAUUCGUUUAAUUCUUAUUAGUUUUAGAAUGAAGGGUUUCAUGCUUAAAGAUUUCCCUUUACCAGGAUAAGGUUGAGAACGAAAAUGAACAACUUGAUCUACUAUUUGUUUUGUAUGUUAUUUAUUAAUUUAGUCAUUCAUUUAUCUGUUUAACUCCAAUUCAGUCUGACUGCUGCUGGCUUGUUUUAAUAGUAUAAUGGUACAGUUUAAGCAGUCUGUCAAUAUUUGCAGAUACACAUAAAUUAAUAAGGUAAUACAUUACCUUAUGUUUAUAUUAGGAAAAACUGGAUCAACCAAGUUCCAGUCCCAAAUAUUGUGAGCUGGUACAAAACAAAUAACUGCAGGGGCAGGCGGGUGUAGCAUUAAAAUAACAACAAUCCUGCAAACAACUUCAGUGUAAAGUUUUGCUUGUUUAGGUUUUGUACUGGAGAUUGUAUUAUUGUCUUUGUAUUAUAUCCUGUAUUAUUCACAAGAGAUCUUGGGUGACUUCCCUUAAAUUAAUGUUUCUGAC